AUGACGCCAAGACCUACAUUAAAACAAUUAUGGAGGAAGAAAGCUAUCCAUGAUCGCCUAGUAUGUCAUUUGACGAAUGCCGAUCUAGCUCCGUGCCGUUUGCUUUGUCGGGACCUCGCAGCCGAACUAGCACCGAUUGUCUUCGUAGACACAACAAUAACACUCCGUCGCCGCGCGUUGACCCGACAGUCUCGACUAUUAGCUCUGAAGCGGAUUGGAGCACACAUCCAAACCAUCACCUUCAAGAUCCCACACACCACAGAGACCUUUCCGCCCCCAGUGAUUGACAGGAUCACAGGCACCGAGCAGACAUUCGUCUACAUGUCACAGGGCCACCGGGCGUCCUAUAGACACAACAAAUAUGGAAGCCACAAGACGACAGAUUUGUUGGUGCAGCAAUACCCGCCGUUGUUCCACACUGCCACCGAUAUUGUCGCGUUUGAGCGUGCAUUGUCCUUCAUGCGAGAUAUCCGCCAUCUUCGAAUCUACUGCCGCGGCCAGCCUCCAAGUCAUCGCUAUCGCCGGAGUGUGGUAGAUUAUGCGUUGAUUUCAUUGCGAGUCGCGGUUGAACGUGCCGCCUUGCCCCUACUGGAGAGUCUUUCGUUGCUUUCAGUGCACCCGGCCGCUGCGUUGUAUCUACGGCCGGAUAAGGGAUUUGGUGGAUCCCCUGCUUCUCGUAAGCGAUGGUCACAGAUUCGAAGCCUCACAAUCCACAUGGAUAGUUUCCAGUACCAACCUGGCUUGCCGACCGAUCAUUUCAAAUUGCUUCAUGCAUACCUGCAGAGCUUCUAUGAGCUCAGGAAAUUGGUCUUCCACUGGGUCGGAGAGAAGAAUUUAUCUCCCUUAUCCCUCGCUAGUGAGCCAUAUCUCCAAAGUACAACCAGCAGUAUAGAAUCCACACCCAGCUAUUUGAAUCGGAGUUCAUCACUGCGAGGCUUGCGAUUUCAUCAUCUGGAACAGAUUGAGUUGGCCAACGUGAUCACAGACGCGUCGCAAAUAGCAUCCUUCAUCUCAGUUCACCGCCCUACGCUAAUGGAAUUCAACGUUCUAGAAUCCACCCUCCGUACUGGAACGUGGGAUGACGCAUUGGCCCCAAUGAACCAACUGGGGGCUCAGAGGCAAUGCAAAGAGAACCCACGCCAGAGAAGUCUCGUCGACGUGCCCCUCGUACUCAGUCAACAGCAAUUGCAGCGAGUCAUCUGUGCUGCACAGCAACAGCGAGGAGGGCUACGCGGAUUGAAGAAAGCGCGGGCGCGGGAGCGACUUUGGGGAAAACCCGAGCAUAUGAAGCGGAUGUAG